GGACGUUGUCCCUCAGGACCGGACCAAUAUUUAGGGCAUCCCCUCGUGUCGCUCCCCUUAUCGUUAGAUUAUAGAAGCUUUCGUGUAUAGAGAUUUGAUAUCACCUUCCUUUCUCUCCACUUCAUGGGGGUGUCUUUGGAUCUCUGCAAUUCCCCCAUGAUCCGACGGCUGACAUAGGCGCCACUCUUUGUGGCCCUUCUUAAGGGCUUGUUCCAGAAAAAAGCUUAUUUAGACCCCCAUGCUUGUACGCACACGCACACAUUCACAGAUGAACGUAGUAAAAUAACAGAGGGAAUGUUUUUGUGCUGAUGGGAAUGUGUGUAUAUUAGUUGUAUUUUGCCUCAGAUAGAGAGUCAGUCAGUCAGUCAGUCGCUCAGGUGUGUUCAGUUCAAAAGCUUCGUUGAAAAGAUAUAUAUGUUGAGUGGGAGAAAGCAAAGCUGCUUUUAGGAGCUCGAGCCCAGUGGGGGUAGCUAGCUCAGGGUGGCCAUGAAAUUCACCAAGGCUCCAAAUCUUGAAUCUGCACUCCCAAAGCUCAGUUCCCAUUGGCCUUUAAGAUCUGCUUUCUUCAGCACCUGGUUCUCAGUCUGUCAAGCAAUCUCCCACUGAGUUUUUUCCUGCCACCCUUUCGUUUUUGUUUUUCCCCAAAAAACCGGUAAUAAUACGGCUUCCUACUCAUACAAGAAGAGUGGAGCUUUGAGUUUUGCCUUACUGUUUCACUCAAAAUGAAGCUUUUCAGUUGGGUGCAGAACAAGUUAAGUGGUGCAAAAGGGAAUGCAAAACCAGAACCAGUUCCCUCCAAUAGAUAUCCUCAUGUGAAACAAGAACCAAGAGAAGAAUUCAGCGACUGGCCACAGGGAUUGCUGGCAAUUGGAACUUUUGGGAAGAGUGAUCUGGGAGAAAACCAGGAAAGCCAAAACAAUCUUCAGGAAAUUAACCACGAAAGCCAAAACAAUCUUCAGGAAAAUCAGUCUUCCUCGCCCGAUUUAUCAGACUUCACCUCUGAAGAAGUGGGGAAGUUACAGAAAGCUUUGACCAAACUCUUGUCCCGUAAACCGUCCACUAAAGUUGAAAGAGAAACCACGGAUCUGCCACUGGACAGGUUCCUAAACUGCCCAUCAAGCUUGGAGGUCGACAGGCGGAUUAGUAGCUCCUUGUGCAGCGAGCCAGGGGAUAGGGAGGAGGACAUUGAGCGGACUAUAAGUAUUAUCAUUGGUAAAUGCAAGGAGAUUUGUGCAGAUAAUAGCAAGAAAGCAAUAGGGAAAAAGUCCAUUUCGUUCCUUCUUAAGAAGAUGUUCGUUUGCAGAAGCGGAUUUGCACCGGGGCCUAGCUUGAGAGACCCGCUCCCCGAGUCAAGAAUGGAGAAGCUUCUGAGGACAUUGCUUCGCAAGAAAAUGUACCCGCAAAAUACUUCUCGGGCAUCGUCAAUGAAGAGGUGCUUAGAGGACAAGCCGAUCUCGAGAGCGGAGAAAGAAAAGCAGGAGGAAGCAGAUGAAGGCUCUAAAUGGGACAAGACAGAUUCUGAAUAUAUUGUCCUGGAGAUUUGAUCUACUUGCCAUCUGCUACAGAAAUACUCUACAGGAUUCAUUUUUCAUUACUCGGUUUUUGCGGCUCAUAUUCAUUAGCUGGAACCUCGGACAUGGAGCAGCUGUUGAUAUAUCUUUGAAACGAAGUGGUCAAUAAGUUCAUCUGAGGAUCUAAGUAGGUUCAUGUGAAGGACCAGAAAAGAGUUGCUUUCAAUUUGUUGGCCUGUGCCAAAUUCCAAAAUUUUCCCCCUGUUUUUUUCAUGGUUGUGUCUGUUGAUCAGUCUCAGCCCAUGUUAAUGGUCACAUCUCCUGGAUUAUCUGUAAUGCAUAUUCUGGAAAAGCUGGACACAAUCCACAAUUUCCCA